CGCAACCUGCAGAUGCAUGCCCCGCCGUCAAGCACCACCACAGUCCCGCCAGACUUGCAUCUGGCAAGCACGUGCGUCCUGUGUUCCCUCCAGACCACCACGUACCACGCACCGAGAUCACAAAAUCAGGAAGCUGAAUGCGGACCGGUGGACCCUUGCGGCCUGUUGUCUCAGCCGGGCCGCCGUCGCAGGCCGGGCUGGAUAAAAGGCAUGCCUUCCCCCUCGUGAAGGGAAGGCGAGCCAUGCCCAGGUGGGAACUCGGCAGCUCGGCGACGAGGAGCCUCUCACCAUACGGUCUGCCGGCGCUACUGCUCCUCUUGGUCGCCACCACCGUCUUGUUCCUCCUUGGCUUCCCCUAUGAGCAGCUGCUCGCGACAACGACGACGACCAUGUGGGCCCACCGCGCCGUGCUGCUUACCCCAGCGGCGGUGGCUGUAGCUACUGCUGCUGCGGCGGUUGAUCUAAGCUGGCACGCAUCGGGCCGGACGCCGUACAACAACCUCAGCGCCGUCGUCGGCGGGGAGGGGGUGCCCAAGUUCGUGUUUGAGCCGUCGGGCAACUGGGAGGACGGCACGUCCAACUGGUGCAACAUGCCGCACGUCCGGCCCCAGGAGUACGUACGUCCUUCGAGCGAGUUUGAGCUCAAGUACGUCGAGGUGAUCCACCGCCACCACAAACGAACCCCCUACUCGUCCAACGCCUUCCCGGUCGAGUCGUACCGCUGGAACUGUGACGACCAGGGCCUCUUCGUCUACGGCCAGCCCCUUUCGCCCGACGGCAGCCGAUCCUCGGCGCAGGCCUACUGGCAGGGCGCCGUCUCACCGCUGAACACGUUCGUGCCCUCGGGCUGGGUCGGCACGUGCCAGUUCCCGCAGAUCACGACGGGCGGGCUCGACGACUCGGCCCGGCACGGCGACGACCUGUACGCCGUCUACCACACCCUCCUCGGCCUCCUGCCCGACCGGGCCUCCGGCGCGCCCGCGUGGCGCGCCCGCACGCGGUUCCGCGUCACCCAGAACGUCAUCACGAGCCAGGUGGCCGGCAUGCUGGUCGCGGGCAUGACGCGGUCGACGGGGCCCAUCCCGCUCGAGAUCCAGGCCGCCGGCGUCGACAGCCUCGAGCCGCAGUACCCCUGCCCCGCCGCCGCCGCCGCCCUCUCGCGCGCCCAGACCCCCGCCGCCGACCCGGCCUGGGCCGCACACCUGGCCGCCGCGUCCCCUCUGUACACCCGCCUGGACGACAUCUCGGGCGUGCCCGCCGCCGACGCCGGCUUCCACAAGAGCCUGGACCACUACUUUGACAACCUCUCGGCGCGCCAGUGCCACGCCAAGCCGCUGCCGUGCAAGCUGGUCCCCGACGGCACCGGCGGCGUCGUCAGGAACGACACGUCCGCCUGCGUCGACCAGGCCCUGGCGGACCAGGUCUACAGAUUCGGGCACUGGGAGUACGCCCACGUGUACCGCGGCUCGCGCGAGACGCUGGGCGCCGCCGCCGCCGCCAUGGGCGUCUGGGUCGCCGAGCUGGCCGCGCACCUGCGCGAGGCCGCAGCGUGUGGUGGUGGUGGUGGUGGUGCCAGUAGCGGCGGCGGCAUCGUUUACCGGCACAACGUCGCGCACGACGGGUCCGUCAGCAGGCUGCUGUCGGUGCUGCAGCUCGACGAGAUGGUCUGGCCCGGCAUGGGCAGCGAGGUCGUCUUUGAGCUGUGGCGGAGGCGCAAGGACGCGCCCGCCGGCGGCGGCGGCAGUGGCGGAGGCUACUUCGUCCGGACCCUGUUCAGCGGAAAGGUGCUCAAGUCGGCCAGCCCCGCGCUGGGCGAGAUGGACAUGCUGCCGCUGGACACGCUGCUCGCCUACUUUGACGGGCUCGUCGGGGACAGGGCGGGCUUGGUUGUGGACAAAUGUAACGGCCACAUACCGCUAUGAGGGAUCUUCCAAUUUCGCUGUGUAUUUUAUGUGAAAGAAAACCCGGAGAAACCCAUAUUAACUGAUGGUCUUCGUAACUGCUAUGCCCUGCGGGGGUAUAAUAUAGGCUGGGGAGUGAUCUGUUUGCUGUUUAGUGACUCUUUUUGUUGUAAUCCAGCAGCUCGGCCGCCGUGAAUGAAAAUUCAUUAUACGCGACA